UUUUUAUUACACAUUUGGCCUGUGAGACGUCAACUGUAUUUGUUAAUUGUACAAAGGAAUGUAAUGAACGUUUUAAGAUGGCGUUACAGGAUUGUCGAGACCGGUUUUUCUUAUCAGGAACUUAUCAAAAACUGUUUGAAACGUCAACUGUCACUAAAAAUUAAGAGGAACUAUCUGCACAUGCGCGCAAUAAUCAAGAACACGCCCAUCGUUCCUUUGGUUGGUCGCCCGGAAAGACGCGCGUUAAGGUGGCUUUGAAGUAAACAACGCGUUGUACAUUAAUAUAUAUGAAAAUAUUGUAUCUAACUACCCUGCGACUGAAACACUUAUGGCCGUCCGGGCGGUGUUUGAGUGAUAGAACGGCGGAUUUCUACACCUGCAUGUAAUUGAAACCCCGCAUCCCGAGGCCAUUGCAUCUCCCGGCCAUGGACUGCGUGGUGACCGGAGGCAACGUGAAAGUGCUCGCCAAGGCCAUCCACUCGCUGUCCAGGAUAGGCGAUGAGCUGUAUCUGGAGCCAGAGGAUGACGGGCUGGCCCUGCGUUCUGUGAAUUCGUCCCGCUCAGCCUACGCAUGCUUCCUCUUCUCCCCACUCUUCUUCAGCAGGUAUACGGUUCCCUGUGGACAUGCUUUCCGCUGCAAGAUGGCCAUCAAGUGUGUGCAGGCUGUCUUCAGAUCCCUGUCAUCACUGGACAAGACUGUGGAGAAGUGUCACAUUGAGCUAGUUGGAGAGAAGAGUCGUCUCACUUUCACCUUGCACUGCAAACAUGGGCUGAUGAAGACACACAACCUGUCGUUCCAGGACAGUGAGAGUCUUCAGGCCGUGUUUGAUAAAGACAGCUGUAGCAAUGUGCUUCGUGCCCAGCCCCGGUUGCUGGUGGACACAGUGCUGCACUUCCCUCCCGCCCUGGAAGAGGUGAGUUUGUCGGUGAGCGGAGAACGAGUGUUGUUCAGGAACUACGUAGAGGAAGAGCCAGAACGAGCCAAAGCCAUGCUGACUGAACUGUCUCUAAGCUCCGAUGAGUUUGAGCACUUUGCUGUAGGAGCUGAGAGCAGCAUCACCUUCUGCCUGAAGGAGCUGAGGGGCUUGCUGGUGUUUGCAGAGUCCACGGGUCUCCCUGUCUCGGUACAUUUUGACUUGCCAGGCAGCCCUGUGGUGUUGAGUGUAACCGACAGUGUUCUGGAGGUAAACUUUGUGCUCGCCACUCUCUCUGAUGACCUCAACCUUCGUAACCACAACAACAACCCAAAACGAGCUCGCUCGCCGCCACCUGCAGACGACUUCUUGAACGAUGACAUAGAUUCCUACCUCAUCGCCAUGGACACCAGUGAAUUACCGGGUCCCUCGAAUGCACCCGCACAAAGGUCCAAUCACAGGCUUGAAGCCCAGUCACCUGUAGCCAAUCACAGGCUUGAAAGCGAGGAGGCGGAGGAAGAGGAGACGGGGGAUACUGAAAGGCCCCCUAAUAAAAAGUUCCGCUCCCUGUUUUUUGGGUCAGUCUGUCCGACUGAUUCUCAACUGACCAAUCAGACAGCCACGAGUCAGGAAGUGCUGGCUAGCGACAGUGAGGACGAUGCACAGGCAGCAUCGCCGUGACGUGGGCUGGUCGGAUUUGAUCCCCGUGUGCAUGCGUUCAUUCGUGCGUGCGUGCGUGCGUGUGUGUGCCCCAUUUGCACGCCGGUUUGGUAACUCCUUGUGAGGACGUGGAUGGGAGAUUUAAAGAGACGAGAGAAGGCCUGGAUCUAAUCUGAAGACUUUUAAACAUGUAGGAUUCUUCACUUUUCUAUGUAUGAUGACUUCUGCCUUUUAUUGCCAGUGGCAGCAUUGAGAAAAAUGUCUGCACCUGUAUGCUGAUCACAUCAUCUACCAGGGAGAGAGAUGGGACAACCAGGUGUUCUGUUGGAAGUGGCUCUGGUUAAGAGCGUCAGCUAGCCAAAUGACCAAAACCUGAAAUGUAAUGAACUGUGACGACGAAUGAUGUCACAUGAGGAUGUUGACAAGCACUUCCUGUUUGUAUGCCUCUGUUUACACAAGCCCUGCAAUAAAACACAUAUUUCCACCAGA